GUCGGACAGUGUGUAUGGAGAGUGUAGACACUCUACGCACAGUACGUACGGAGAGAAUACGGAGUGCGCGGACAGAAGAUACACGGACACGGACACACACAGACUCUAAUUACAGAGUCUCCUCUCUAGUCUCUCCAACAGCCGUUUCUACACGUAUUCAUCCCAUCACAUCGCGUGCGAUAGCCCUCAACUGGGUUAGACCGCUCUCUUAUCGGCUGGUCCCGCUCUUCUUCUCUACCGGAACUCCGGAUGCUCGUUCAUCUCUUGGUCGAGCCAUCGCGAACUGCCGGUGCUGUGUUUUUUCCUCCAUCGACACUCUCCUUCUCGUCCUCCAUCGUCAACAUCUCCUUUCCCACGCCGCUGCAGCUCUCCUAUCGCUGCAUCUCUCCCACCACUGCAGUCGAGACAUGCUGAGGACCUAGAAUCACUCCCGCGAGACUCGAAUCAUGGCCGAACCAGCUCAACCGGCCCAGCCGGGAUUGGGGGAGGCUCAGUUUACCCAUCACGCCUCCGUCGAGCCUGUCAUCAUCGUCGGCAUCAUGAUUUUCUCCUGCUACGUGAACCGCCUCCGUGGCUAUCCCCUCGCUCCCCAGCCGGACCAGGACCAAGGCCUACUCGGCCACACCAAGCUCGAGCCGCGCGACGAGGAUUCAUUAGACGACGGCUUCGACGACGAUCAUGAUCGACCCUCGCCCCUCCUGGGCUCGGCCGCAAACACAGCCCGUCCUUCCAAGAAGCGCAGCUGCUGCGGCACCGUCGUCACGACCCCCGAUACUUCACGCUUCGCCAACUACUGGCACAGCCGCUUCAUACAAAAGUUUCCCUUCCUGGUUGAGAUGUUCUACUGGGCCGUCAACUUGCUCUUCUACGUCGGCAUCAAGCAGGCCAGCGAGCUGAUCUUCGCCACCGAUGGUGUUUGGAAGACGGCCGAGAACCACGGCAUUGCUGUUCUCUGGUUCGAGCACGAGAGUCCUUUCCGCUUCUUCUUCCCGCUGCGAGAGGUCGAUGUCCAGAUGUGGUUCAGGACUGACCACCAAACCAUGUUGACUAUUCUCAACCGGGCCUACUCUCUUAUUCACAUCCCUGUGACUGUCAGCUUCCUUGCCUGGUACUACUACGCCGCGCCCACCAGCGACCAAUUCGCUGCAGCUCGCCGCAUGAUGAGUCUCACCAACCUCUUGAGCUUCGUCACCUUCACAACCUACCCAUGCAUGCCUCCUCGCCUCCUCCCCGAGAAGUACGGCUUCUUCGAUACCGUCCGCCGCGAAGACGCCGAGUCCAUCUACGCCACCAACAAAUUCUUCAACCAGCUCGCUGCAUUCCCCUCGCUGCACUUCGGCUACUCGUUCUGCAUCGGCACCGUGCUAUUAUACCACUCCGGCAUCUUCCGUCGCCGUCUCGCCCCCCGCGAGAAGCGCAUGUCCAAGCUCCGCCAGAUCUUCUUCGCCGUUUUGAGCUUCGUGUACCCCAUGUUCGUCCUGACCAUCAUCGUGUCUACGGCCAACCACUACUGGCUCGACGCCGUGGCGGCUAUGGGUGUUGUGGGCAUGGCUUGGUUGUGCAACGGCUUCUUGCUGAAUUUGUUGCCGUUGGAGGAUCUCUUCCUCUGGAGUGUCAAGUUGGACAAACCAAUUCCUACCACCGGCAAUCGCGCAUGGUAAAGUUUCACGAAUGAAUGAGGGCGUCCAAAUGACCAAACAACAACGAAGUCCCAUGGGGACGUAGGCUUAAUCACUACAGACCGUAAGGUCUUCACAUUAUAGAGUGGGGGAUAUCUCUUCUAAUAGAGGCUGUAUAAAGUAAAAUUGAUUUAAUUCUUAUACGAGUGAAGGAUCAUCGGUCGAGGAACUGGAGCUCCCGGCUUCCUGGAGAAGGCUGUUCAUGUACUUCUAGAUGGAGACAAUGUAUUAUUUCAGAUGAUGCCCUGCUGGUCCGUCGAAUCCAGGACACUGGUCUUCAAUGCGCAUUACAUCUAUUUACCCACCACUUGGC